UUUCAUCCCAAUUUUCUGAUCGUUCUGGUAUUCAUCUCUGCGAUUUUCUUUCUGGUAGAUAUUAUUACUUGUUGCUUUAAUCAUCUUCCAUCAUUAUCAUUCUGCGCCAUGGAAUCAGAUGCGAAUUGUGGUCUUCAAAUUUCUCCUAGGGGUUCAAAGUAUUGGAUUCUAGAAUGUUCACCCGAAAAAAAAUCAGUUGCUGGCAUGAUAUUUCCUAAUCUAGAUGCUGAUUUUAGUUUUCACAAGGAAUAUGCGGCUGCAGUGGGGUUUGCUAUUCGUCAUCAUACAUCAAAGAAGGGUAGAGUUGAUCACAUAGUGAUGAAGUAUAUUAUAUUUUACUAUGUAAUAGAGCUGGUUUUAAGAAUAAUGCAUGUCCUGUUUUAGAUACCAAAGUUGUUGGUUCUGAAGAUUGCUCGAAAAAUAGAAAACAAGUAUCUAAUAGUAUUGAAGUUGCUGGUUCUGAAGAUUGCUCGAAAAAUAGGAAACAAGUAUCUAAUAGGAUUGAAGUUGCUGGUUCUGAAGAUUGCUCCACAAGUAGGAAACGAGUAUCUAUUAGGAUUGGAUGUAAAGCCCUGUUAAGUCUGCAUAACAAAUAAAACUUCAUGCCUUUGCUCCUCACUUCAGGUCUCUACACUUCAUCACGCUGCA